CAUCAAAAGUUAAACAAAGUUCAAAAAAAGUCCUCAAAAGUAAACUUGCAUUGAAAGUUGAAAGUGGAAGCGAAAAAGGAAAAAACCAGUUCAACCAAAAUCCGCAUUAGAUCCAAAAUCAAACAACAAAGAGAUGGCACGUGCAGGAGGAAUCACAAACGCAGUAAACGUUGGAAUCGCAGUUCAAGCCGAUUGGGAAAAUCGUGAAUUCAUCUCUCACAUUUCCCUCAAUGUUCGUCGCCUCUUCGACUUCCUUGUCCAAUUCGAGGCUACAACAAAGAGUAAGUUAGCAUCAUUGAAUGAGAAGCUUGAUGUAUUGGAGCGGCGUUUGGAGUUACUUGAAGUUCAAGUUGGAAAUGCUUCGGCAAACCCUUCUCUUUUUGCUACCUGAUGAUGUGUAUAAUGAAUCGUGUAAUUCAACUUUCUAGUAAGAUCUCUCUACCAUACUUGUAUAAUGUAUAAUCUGAAUGGAGUAUUCUAAAUCGAAAGUUUAUGUGUUUGAUUAGUGUAA